CCAUAGCAACAACAUAACGUUACGCCGAAUAAGAUAGCCGUACAGUCGAGAGGACGGAUUAAACGCUGCUUCUUCGCCGCGCUGGCUGCAGGUUACAGGUUACAGACUACAGACUGUGUGGGAAGGGCACGCCUCGGUCGUCUGUGCCGUUAGCAUGGGGCGAGAGCACCGUUCGCUAGCACGUUUUGGAUAGCCGCCCCGACUCUCGACGGAGGACUCAAAAGGCUGCACCGGAGUUGGUAGUUUCACCGUUCGCCAAGCGCAAAGUCAGCUAGGCGGGGAGUAAACACGGGAAUGGUGCUCAAUUACGAGUCGCUUGGCAGACAGAAAGGCGAGGGGCGCACGGACCGCACCACCGAACUGUUCCGUUUGGACUUGGAGUGUUUUUGGAGCGAGGGAGCGGCUCCCCGGCGGACGUUUGUUUUGUGACUAGCUGGCGAGGCGAGCUGAGGGAAAAGAAACGACCCCCCCCCCCUCUCUCUCCAGCGUCUCCCUGCUGCUACCUCGGCUAAUGUUAGCAGCUCACACAACACAAGUGCGAGAAAAACGGAUUGCUGAGCAACUUUCGGCCAUAGUCGUGGAAACAAGUCGAAAACACAACUCAGGGUAGUUUUUGGACACUGCGCCAAAUACAAGCUUUGUUAAAAGUGCCAUCAGCUCAGUUGGCCAUGUAACUUUAAAAAAUAUAUAUAUUUUUUUAAAUUUAUUUUUUUUACGGUUUUCGGCCUCUUUUCUUCACUUCGGAUGCUGGCAUCACCAACUAAUUACAAGCAUGAUGAUCAUAAGCAGAAAGCCAGAGGGCCCAAUAGCAACAGCACGUCACGGUGAUGGACUUUACGACUCGUACAUGAGGACGGACCACAUCCUCAAAGAGGACACGGACACAAACAGUCCUUCUGGCCUGCCCCCCAUGCCCAAGCUCACAGCAGUCAGCAACAAGGGUGUGAUGAGGGAUCAGAUAACCACCGUGCGCGGUGGCCAGCUGAAGGUCAAGUAUCUGUACGAGGACUCCGCUAACAAUCGCAAGAUCGGUGCCAUUACCACGGCCGCACCUCAGAACAGCGGGACCACCGAUCAGACGCCCAGUAAACUGGCACCAGCAACCACCCUGUCCAAGGAUCACAGCGUCGACAGCUCUGAAUCCAGUAAGGACUCCAAUGACACCUCUGGCUCUCACGGGGUUGCCAAUGGAGGAAACAGUACCAAGCUGUGUGGCCCCCUGACACCAGAACUGGCCGUGAGACUGUACCGAACUCAACUGACCAGCCUUGAGCAGAGCGAGAUCCACUCCUACCCAGACAUCUACUUUGUGGGACCCAAUGCCAAGAAGAGGCCUGCCGUCACCAGUGGCAGCAACAACUGCGGCUAUGAUGACGAGCAUGGCGGUUAUAUCAACGUCCCCCAUGACCACUUGGCUUACCGCUACGAGUUUCUCAAGAUUAUUGGCAAAGGCAGCUUCGGUCAGGUGGCCAAAGUCUACGACCACAAACUGCAGCAGCACCUGGCUCUCAAGAUGGUCCGCAACGAGAAGCGUUUCCACCGACAGGCGCAGGAGGAGAUCCGCAUCCUGGAGCACCUGCGCAAGCAAGACCGCAAUGGCACCAUGAAUGUGGUGCACAUGCUGGAACACUUCACCUUCCGCAACCACAUCUGUAUGACCUUCGAGCUGCUCAGCAUGAACCUCUACGAGCUGAUCAAGCGCAACAAGUUUCAGGGCUUCAGCUUGCCUCUGGUCAGGAAGUUUGCUCACUCUAUCCUGCAGUGCCUGGAAGCCCUGAGCAGGCUCCGAAUCAUCCACUGUGACCUCAAGCCUGAGAACAUUCUUCUCAAACAGCAGGGACGCAGCGGCAUCAAGGUGAUAGACUUUGGCUCCAGCUGCUUCGAGCACCAGCGCGUGUACACUUACAUCCAGUCUCGCUUCUAUCGAGCACCCGAGGUGAUUUUUGGCGCUCGCUACGGCCUUCCCAUUGACAUGUGGAGCUUCGGCUGCAUCCUGGCCGAGCUGCUGACGGGUUACCCGCUUUUCCCCGGAGGGGACGAGGCGGACCAAUUGGCCUGUGUCAUGGAGCUGCUGGGCAUGCCUCCUCAGAAGGUUCUGGAGCAGGCCAAAAGAGUAAAGAACUUUAUCAACUCCAAGGGCCAGCCCCGCUACUGCGGAACCAACACCCUGCCCACGGGGGCCACCGUGCUGACGGCAUCUCACUCCCGCCGUGGUGGUAAGUUGAGAGGUCCCCCAGCUAGCAAAGAGUGGAUCGCUGCGCUCAAAGGUUGUGAGGACGCCACCUUUAUUGACUUCAUAAAGAAGUGUUUGGACUGGGACCCCUCAUCUCGUCUGACCCCCAGCCAGGCCCUCAGACACCCUUGGCUCUAUCGCCGGCUCCCCAAACCGCUGCCUGGAGCCGAUAGGAGCCAAGGGGCCCCCGUGAAGCGGCUCCCCGAGCACCAUCGCACCUCCUUCCCUUCCAUCAUGGCCAAGGGGGGGUCUGGCCUGGGGCCUACCACAGCUACCAACAACAAACUGAGGAGCAACAUGUUGGGAGAUUCAGCAGAGCCCAUACCUAUUCGCACGGUCCUACCCAAACUUGUCACUUAGAGAGAGAGAGAGAGAGAGAGAGUCCCACUCAUCUCCUCUCUCCCUCCUCCUCUUCCUUCUUCUUCCUCCUCCUCUCAGGAGGAAGCGGAGUCUCGGUUUUUAAAUGUUUGCUCGUUCUUUGUAUUUGUUUUCUACUGAGUGGUGUCGACACCCCAGUUCUGACUUUUUGAUAUUAGCUGAGCAAAGGAGAGACAACACAUGAAAAACUUUUACAAAGUUUUUAUACAGAGGAUUUCCUUGAGCGACUGUGAAGUUUCGAUACACAGUUGUUGAUUUAGAUCAUGCUUUGUACAAAUGUGUGAGUGUCUUUAGUCGGUCACACCCGAAUGCCUCACUCUUUAUUAUUGAAGACUCUGAGAAGUUAAAAGGGCUACUAACUCCCUACUUAGCUCACUGCUAGCAGACAAAGCUUUACUCAGCCAACAGUUGUGUAAAAGAGCACACUGAUACAUUCGGCCAACACUCACACACUUUGCAGACAGCAUCAUGUAGUUUCCGCAAUAAGUUUCUAGCUCUUCUAAUUGACCUCCUUAGUUAAUGCCUGGUGCUAGCAUGUCAGCUCAAUAUGUGACAUCAGUGUUUGCGUGAGCACGUUGGCUCGGUGGUGCUACUGUGGGAGACCUGAAGAGCGAUCUAUUUAAAGCCCCCUCGUCCAGAAGGUGGAGGAGGACACAAGCUCUACUUGCCACCAAAGUGUCAUGGCCUGACUUCACUUCCUCAGUUCUUGGGAAUAUUUAAACCUCUACCUAGCCUCCCCGUAGCCGUACAAUAUUGUUUAUGGAUCACUAGGAUUCUCAUGGUUCUAACAGUGUAACGUGGGUUCAUGUAUCCAACAAGGGAGGGUGGAAUUUAAAAAGAAAUAAAUAAAAAAACGCUAAUAUGUUGGGAAAUGUGCUAAAUAUGAGCCAUUUUCUUUCUCUUGAGAAAGGCCAGUAGCCAAGAUGGCCCCCUGCGGUACUGAUUUGAAGGCAUGUUUCUCAGGGAGAUAUACUUGAUACAUCCCUUAAUCCUAUAUAGCAAUAUCCUGUAUAUAUUAGGGUCCCCAACCACUAGGCUGCAGAAUGGUACCCAGCCGCACAGAGAGACUGAACAAAAGAUUAUUAAUCAGUGACUGACAGAAGUUUUAGUUUGAAAAUCAGUUGCACCUGCGUGUGCCUCUGUCAAAAUGUUCAUCUUGGUCACGUGAUAAGUAAGCCCACAAGCUUAAAAAAAAGAAUAAAAAUGUUUGGAGUGCAUCUUCAAAAAGGUGAACUGGCCACAUACUGAGACAGGGCAAUAGCCAACAAGAAAAAGAAAAAAAUAUUCAAAAGACAAUGGGCCUUGUUUACUAAUAAAUGCGUAGAAAUGUUCUCACUCUUCACUCUGCGCACAAGUUGAGCAUAUAUGCAAAAAUACUGUCAGAUUCAUGACACAUGCAUGCCAGACAAUUUUCUCCUCGUCACCGUGUUUAUGUUAAUGAAUCAAAAUUCAUUUUAUAUUACAGGCUUGUGCCUGUGAGCUGCAACCCACAUAAAUCGCACCCCUAUUCCCCUAUAAAAGGAACGUCCAUCUGACACAUCUGAGUCAAUGCGCGGAGAUUGAAGUCACAAGAAAUGGCUGAUCCAAAACCUUAAUAAUAACUUUCUUAACCUUUAUCCAGAGCAUUGUUAUCAUUGAAAAGGUUGCGAAACCAAGAACAUAUAGCCCAAUAAUCAUGUAAAUCAUUUUUAUUCAUUCUGAAGUAAAAUUAGAGUGUGGCAAUAAACAACCUAUACAAAAACAAUUAAACAAAUAAGAGCAGAGAAUGUGCAAACACUGCAUACAUUGUUAAAAUACAUAGUACGGAAUAAAUAUAGCACAGCAAAGAGACAUUUGUAGUUGAUGAAAUUCAUUAAAUUAGGGUUGGACGCAAAAGAAAAUAUGACAUAUGCCGAACGGAGUAUGUCACAAUUCAACCACGCCAGCGGCAGUGUGUGUAUUAGUGAUGGGCACGGCAGUUCUUUUGUGUACUGAAUCAUUCGAAUCAGUUCAUUAAAAGGAUUCGUUCAAAAGAUUCGUGCACCGAAUCGUUCAUUUUUUUUCACAAAUUAAUUCAAAUGCUUCCUCAUUCAUUUAAUGAUCCAUCCCUGAGUUUCACGUUCACUCAAGACAUUCACCGAAUGACUAUGCGAUGUUGUUUUCAUGUAUUGUAAACUAGGAAAGCUGGAGAGAUUAUUAAAAAAAUAACAUAAAAUAAAAACUUUGGCUAAAUGAUCACCUACCUACCUAUCUCUCUCUCAGCAAGCUCUUGAACACCCGGCUUCGGUUGUGACUCGUGAACAUGCGUGCAGCGAGCUCAGCUACCGAACAUCCUUCCGCGUCCGCUUACGUCCAGCUAGUCUCUCGCCAGCCGGCUUGACUUUUCUGCAUUCCACCGCGAUGGACCGUCGCUGACGCCAGCCGGGCUUCCUGCUCACUCACCUUUCUGUUAUUGUCAUCUGAUUAGUGGAAAGCGGCUUUGAGUGUCUUGAGAAGCGCUAUAGAAGUUUGUGUUGUUAUUAUUAAUAUUAUGAAAUAACAUUAAUAAUAAUAAUCACAUUAGAGACACAGAGGGAAUGAUAUGUAUGUACGUAAAGACAUUUAUUAAUUUACAUUUAUUUUAAAUGUGUGUGCUUGUUUUCAUGUGCUUGACCGACUCAUCAUUAGCCGGUAGCUUGAAGAAACGUUUGCUAGUGAAAGCUAUCCACGCGAGGACGUCAUGACUUGCGCUUAAAAGCACUCAUGAGUACGUUCACUGCGUAGUACGUCAUUCCUUGCGCAAACAAAUCACUCUUCGUACAAGUACAUCGCUCCUUAGCGGAUCACAGAGGAAUAAGUUCCACGAACGGAUUGCGAAUGAGAAGUUCCACGAACGAAUCAGUCUUCAGUUCCUCAGUACACCAGUUCACUGAACGAAUCACUCAGUUCACUUAAGUCCCUCCCCCUCUUGCACGGCGCUGCCUGACGCUGUGGCUGCUCAUUGCUCAUUCGCCGAAGCGAGUGACAACGCUGGCGAAUCGCGUCCCGCCACCGCCCGCACACUGGCUGCUCAUUGAUCAUUCGCCGAAGAUUCAGAAGUGAGUGACAGAACGCUUCAGCAGUUCCGUUUCCACUCCCAGCCGACUCGCUUGCCUGGCAGCGGGUGGCGGCCAAGAUCGAAUCAUUUCAUAAACUGAUUCGGUUCAGUUCAUUCACUAAAAAGAUUUGUUCUUCUGAACGAAAAAAACACUAGUGUGUAUACUGUGAAUUGAGCUAUUUACAUCACAUUUGCACAUGCAGAAUCACAGAAAAGUACAUAAAUCAGAUUAUCGUAGGGACUGGAAAGAAUACCGAAGCCUUAAAAAAACUAGAAAAUGCGAGUGGUCUGAGUGCAAUUCCUUGAGUGUCAACAUCGGCCGAACGCAGACAGCGGGUGAGGGACGCAUAAAGUGCACAUAUCCCACUGUACAAGCGCUUGACCGUAACAAGGGUGAAAGUGAUGAGAAGUGCCCUGUUACAUGUUAUUUAGCACAGCCCACCUAUUGGCAAAUUCCUGGUUUGAGUUAUCGCCAAAGUUGUUAUUGUUUUUAUGAAUGACUGUUGUUCCAAUAUGUUGUGCAUCUUGGGUUAAAGAUGUGUGUCUGACGUAUUUUUGAUGGCUGAUCCUCCGUACGCAUAGUCUCAGGAUGUUCUAAAUUUGUUUGCAGGUACAAACAAAAACAAGUACGAACAUAUUGAUAUAUCAAUCACAGGUUUGUGCGUCAGACGAGAUUUGUGCGUACACGCGGUUAGAUAAUGAGGUCCAAUAUCGGCAGUCCUACCUAAGGUAUGGGUUUAUGGCUUGUUGACUCACACGCACCAAACCAGUUCUGUGCAAUAUGUCGCGUAAGAAAAAUAUUACCUUAAUGGGACCGGCUUUUUAAAGAGAAACAUGCACAGGGCUCUCACUAAUCACAACAACUAUAUUCAGCCUAAUGGUGAGAUGUAUUUUGAAUCAUUUGUUUUUGUUUAUAUGAUGAUCUGGCGCAAGACAAACAAAAAAAAGGUUGUGGACCGCUGCUAUAAAGGCUCGCUUGCAUAAAGUACAGUCAUGUUUCUGUGACGCAGGGGAACCGUAAACGUUAUCCGGCCUGCAUGCGCCACAAUCUGACCUAAAUUCUCCCCACCCCCUUGUUCUAGCACUGUCAUGUAGGCCAGGGAACCUCGUCAACCCAUUAAUAUACUGUAUGUGUUGAAUUAUGGUGCUGUCCUGUCACGCACGUACACACACAUACUUACACACAAAGUUGUCAGGUGCAUGUUGUAUGGACCACACUGCUCAGAGACUUGUCUAUUUCAUCCCUUGUUUUCAAAGUAAAACUGUCAGGGAUUUCUACUCCAUUGUUUGUUUGUUUUUUAAAUAGAAGUGGUAUCUAUCUUGAGUCACUCCCAAAAUAUCAAGAGAAAGUUUAUCAUGAAAACAUGGACUAAGAAGACAACAAAGUUGUAUGCUGUCAUGUUGUAUACUCGUGGUGUGCGGUAUAGUAGCAGGAUGUUUGGUGUUCCAGCAUGAGAUCACAAUCUUGAUAAGUUACUGCUGAGUGACAACCAGAAGAGAAUUGUAAAGUAACCAAAUGAAGUUGUGAUAGUUUCUUUUUCUAAGGAAAAUAAAAGAAAAAUGGGUAUGAA